AGCUCGUUCAGUCACAAACCCGCGACCUUUCCGCAGCAGCUCGAGCAACAAUCACAACAGCAAUCCAAACAACAACCGACAUCAGGCGGUCGCCUUGAACGCUUCUUCCUCGCUUGGGCUCGAUUGACCGACAGCAAAUGGAUUCACUCGGUCAUCCGCGACGGCUUCAGAAUUCAUUUCCAAAGCCGUCCCCCAUUAUCCCGUACACCCAUACCUACUGUCCCAUACAACGUCGAACAACGCCGCCUAUUACGACAAGUGAUCGCCGACUUACUCCACAAACGUGCCAUAGAACCAGUCCAGGGGUCGGAAUAUCCCAGCUUCUUCAGCCGAAUGUUCCUCUUUCCCAAGAAGAGUGGAGGUUUCCGCUCCGUCUUCAACCUGCGAUCUUUGAACCAAUUUGUCGAGUGCCCACAUUUCAAGAUGGAAAAUAUCCAACAAGUAAUCAAACUGAUCAAUCGGGACGACUUUUUCACCUCAGUGGAUCUUUCCGAUGCGUUUCUACACAUCCUGAUACACAAACAGUUUCGGAAGUACCCUCGUUUCCGCUGGGAAGGACACACCUUUCAAUUUCGGACCACCCCCUUUGGUCUCUCCGUCGUUCCCUGGCUAUUCACUCGUCUCACCAAACCGAUUCUUCAAUAGGCACGACAACAGGGCAUACGGAUAUCCGCUUACCUGGACGAUUGGAUUCUGGUCGCCGAAUCUCAGGAAUUAGCUCAGUCCCAAACCUGAGCGCUAGUGAUCCAACUGAGGAAUCUUGGAUGGAUCAUCAAUACACCCUAUUUUACCUGUCCGAUCCUGCCAAAUGUCUUCCAAGACAGAUAGCAGUACCUCGGACUCGAGCUAUGCCGGUUCUGAUGGGUCGUAUGUCCCGUCAGACGGUAAUGGCAACGGAGGACGCAGAGUCCCCGCAAAAAUAUCAAAAACGCAAAAAAAAAUUACCGCUCUUCUUGCUUCCCAGGAAGCUCUCACUCAGUACCUUAUUGAAAACGACCGCAUCAGCCUCUCGGACGACGAGUUUCAGCCUUCACUCAAGUACAUUCCCGUCACCGUUGGUCCUAUCACAAAACAACGUAAACUGCUCAGCCUGGCCAAACAAAGACAACGUCGAGAAGCUAAUCGCUUAGCUGCUCAACCUGUCACUGUCACUUCUACUAACUAUCCAAUCUCCCAUCGCUCACCUAUGCGCGAACCCUUCAUCACCAGGUCACCCACCCUCUCCUACACGAUGG